CCACCUACUACUUAUCUCUAAUGCUGCUAAACCCUUAGCCAUAGUAGGAAAUUCCAUUCAUAUAUACACAUUUCGAGCCUUCUACCUGUUCUUUGAGCAAUAAUAAAGACUUUAUCAAUAGAAAAUCAUUCCAUACACUUCGGUUUCAGCCAAGUCUUGACUUAGACCCUCAAUACUCACCUGAGUCCCUUCCAAAGACCUGAAAAGGAAAUGAGCGAGAUAUCGGAGCAGGAGCUAGGCGAAAUAUAUGACUUUGCCGUACAACUUGGUAAAGAUGCAGGAAAUCUACUUAUGAGCUUCGCGAAGGCACGGUGGGGAGAUAAGGGCAGCGGGGAGCAGCUGUUUUCUGAGAAGGAUAAUGCCGUUGAUAUCGUGACUAAAGCCGAUGAGGAUGUCGAGGCUUUCGUCAAGAUCUCCAUUGAGAAGAAAUAUCCUACACACAAGUUCAUAGGAGAGGAGACUUACUCGAAAGGGGCGUCGCGCGACUAUCUGAUUGGCAAUGAGCCUACAUGGUGCGUCGACCCUCUUGACGGCACGGUCAACUACACACAUCUCUUCCCAAUGUUCUGCGUCUCUAUUGCUUUCAUCGUGAACGGGAAGGCCGUUGUGGGGGUGAUAUACGCGCCCUUUCUGAACCAGUUGUUCACGGCUUGCAAGGGGAGAGGGGCGUGGCUCAACGAAACGCAGCAACUACCACUAAUAAGGAACCCGAUUCCACCCAUGCCAGCACGCGCGCCCGGUGGCUGCAUCUUCUCGUGCGAGUGGGGAAAGGACAGGAGAGAUACACCUGACGGGAACAUGCAUCGAAAAGUCGAGAGUUUCAUCAACAUGGCUGCCGAAGCCGGCGGGCGAGACGGAAAGGGCGGUAUGGUGCAUGGAAUAAGAAGUCUUGGGAGCGCCACGCUUGAUCUUGCAUACGUGGCUAUGGGCGCGUUUGAUAUCUGGUGGGAAGGCGGCUGUUGGGAAUGGGAUGUCUCGGCUGGUAUCGCGAUCCUGCAGGAGGCUGGCGGCCUUGUCACGACCGCAAACCCACCACAAGAUCACCAAACGGCGGAAAUUACAGAUGUGCGGUUAGGCAGCAGACUUUAUCUCGCCAUCAGGCCAGCAGGACCAUCAGACACCGAAACUGGACGACAAACGCAAGAGCGAGUCGUUCAUGAAGUGUGGAAACGAGUCAGAGAGUUGGAUUACAGUAGACCGGGUGCUUAGGUUAGAUCAUGAUACGUUUCUUCUUAGAACGGCUAUACACAGAUAAAUAGACCAGAAAGAAUCUAAACACAGAUUGGAUGGUCUAAACUAGUGGGCUGUAUGCACUCGAAGUAAAUGAUAUAACGCCCGCUCAAUGCACCAUCCCAGAUAAAUC